AUGCAUGUCAUACAAAGGAGAAGUGCCAAAGGUGUUCAAACAGGCACGCGUAAUCAACGUCGUCUGAGUUUCCAUUUGGAUCCCUACAGUGAUGUGUCUGCAGCACCUGCAAUCCCACAUGUCUCAUCUUUUCUGUGUUUCACACUGGGUGCUAAUAUAGUACCUGAUAUUCUAUUCUUUCAGUUAGGCUUUAAGUUGCUUAGAGUAUUAGACAUAUUCUUUCUGCAUUUCGAUUACUUCCCUGAUCAAAUACUAAAACUGAUACAUUUGAGGUAUCUUGCACUCAAUGUUACUUAUGAGCUUCCUGCCUCAGUUUCCCAACUGAGGAAUCUCCAGACCUUAGUCAUUCAUGGUCCAUGGCUUUGUCGGGAAUCUGGCGGUAGCCCAAUAUUGUUGCUGGAGUAUUGGAGUAUGCCUUCACUGAGGCAUGUGCAUAUUACUGCAGCUUGUCAUCUAAAGAAUCCUUUCACUGUACAAGAUAACCUUCCUCGUCCAUUUGCUUCAGAACACCUGCAAACUCUCUAUACAAUACAAUUUUCAUGUUGCACAAAGGAAGUUUUCAGUGUCAUGCCCCAUCUUAAGAAACUGGGAAUUUGUGAAACUAAAGAAGACUUCAGCACAGACAGUUUGUCACAAGUCCUAAAUAAUCUUGUUUGCUUGCAAGAACUUGAAACCCUGGAGUGUUCCUUCCACGCACAAAAUAGAGAAGUGCGAAAGAAUUUGGGCUUGGCUGCUUUGCCAGUGACUCUUAAGCAUUUGAGUUUGAGUUGGAGUUACUUACCAUGGGAAGAUAUGACCUUUAUUGCCAUGUUGCCCAACCUUGAGGUGCUUAAACUCAAAAAUUAUGCUUUCCAAGGGCCAAAAUGGGAGCCAACUGAAGAAGGUUUUCAUAGUCUAAAGCACUUGCUAAUUGAAAACACUGAUUUGAUCCAUUGGGAAGCAAUAAUAGUUCGCCACUUUCCGUGCCUUCAACAUCUUGUUCUGAAAUCAUGCAAGCUCUUGGAGGAGAUCCCUUUUGGUGUUGAGGAACUUGGUACCCUGCAGCGGCUUGAGGCCCACUAUUGUAGUGAACUUAUUGAGAAUUCUGCUAAAGAAAUUCAAGAACAGAUUGAAGGCAUUGAUGUUAUUAUCAGAAGUGAUCGGUAUGUUAAACAUUCUCCUUGUAUGAUUCUUGACUUGUGA